GGCGCGUGCGUGAGAGAGAGUGAGUGAGUGAGUGAGUUAGAGCGCAAGCGAUCUGUUCCUGUUCAUCACUCACACCAGCAGCAGCACCAGCUCGGACCUUAUAAACUCUCCAUCCCAAAUACUGGAAUAUCAAACCGAGCAAUAUGAAAUUGGACAUAAUGUGGAUUUAUCAAACUCUUCUGUGUGUCUUAUUGUCCCUGGAUGCGGAGUGCAGAAAACAGUCAUUGCAGAGGUAUCAGAAAAGUGAAAACAGCCGGCUGCUUUGUACAGACUGUCCAGAAUCUCCUCGAAUUAGAAACCUCUCGCUGGAUGACUGUGCACGCAAAUGCAGCAAGAGCAAGAAGUCCUGCAGGGCAUUCUACUUUGACCAGAUAAACAGGAAAUGUCACUUGCUUCCCUUCGAUCGUUUCUCAGAAGGCGCAAAGAGAGAGCGAAAACCCAAUUGUGACCUUUUCGAGAAAAAAGACUAUGUGAGGGAGUGCAUCAUUGGGUCAGGUGUCAACUACAAGGGGAGAAGGUCAAUCACAAAGACUGGAAUUACGUGUCAAUCCUGGAAUAUGUCCAUCCCACAUGAGCACAAUUUCAAGCCUGCCAGACACAAAAAAUUUGACCUGCGUCAGAACUUUUGCCGAAACCCGGACAAUGAUCCAAGUGGACCAUGGUGCUUCACUGAACUCACUGAGACUCGGCACCAGGAAUGUGGGCUACCCCAAUGUGCAGACGUGGAGUGCAUGAGGUGUAAUGGGGAAACAUACAGGGGGCCCAUGGAUCACACAGAGAGUGGGAAAGAGUGCCAGAGAUGGGACUCACAGAAACCUCAUAAACACACCUACCAGCCUCACAGGCAUGUAGGUAAAGGCCUGGAUGACAACUACUGCCGCAAUCCCAAUAAUGAUGUGCGUCCAUGGUGUUACACAAUGGACAAAAUCACAACAUGGGAAUACUGUAACAUCAGUGUGUGUGACUCAGAUAAUGAUGUGCAAGUGGAAGUGGAGGUGACCACCUCUUGCUUUCGAGGUCAGGGAGAGGGCUACAGGGGGACAGUCAGUGUGACCCCUGCAGGUGUGACCUGUCAACGCUGGGACGCACUAUUUCCUCACAACCAUUCAUACACACCACACAACUAUAAAUGCAAGGAUCUCAGGGAGAACUAUUGCAGAAACCCCGAUGGCUCUGAAAUUCCCUGGUGUUUCACCACAGACCCAAAAGUACGCAAAGCUUUCUGUACCAACAUCCCCAGAUGUGAGGCAGAGAGCUCUGACAGCACAGAAUGUUAUGAAGACAACGGGGAGAGUUACCGUGGCAAUUUGUCAAAAACAAGAUCUGGGAUUCCUUGUGGGCUGUGGUCCGACCACACAUUCAGGAGAGACACGCGGUCAGCGGAGGCCAGCGCGGGCUUAGAGUUGAACUUGUGCAGGAAUCCAGACCGAGAUAAGCACGGGCCAUGGUGUUACACGUCCAACUCCUCCAUUCCCUGGGACUACUGUGGACUGGAGCGCUGCAAAUCAAUGUCAUCUGAUGACCAUCAAAAGACAGGUGGAGGAGCGAAACCAUCUUGUUUUAUACACAAAACCACCCGGAUUGUUGGGGGGAUGGAGGUGCAGCGAGCAGAGGAUGGAAGCUGGGUCGUCAGCAUUCAAAAAAGAAACAGACACUGGUGCGGAGGUUCACUCAUCAGAGAGGAUUGGGUUCUGACUGAUCAACAGUGCUUCUCCACCUGUGUUCCUGACCUCUCGGAGUACACCGUGCAGGUGGGGCUUCUUCAUCUCAACGCGUCCGCCGGCACGCAGGAUCUCCGGAUCGCACAUGUGGUCUGCGGGCCCGAGGGAUCCAACUUGGCCCUGCUCAAACUCACAACGCCUGCCCCUCUCUCUGAGCAUGUGCGAACUGUGCAGCUUCCUGUCGCGGGGUGUGCCGUUGCAGAAGGCACUUACUGCCUCAUGUAUGGCUGGGGAGACACUAAAGGCACGGGACAUGAGGGCAGUCUGAAAAUGGUGGGGCUUCCAAUUGUCAGCAAUAAAAGGUGUUCCCAAAGCCACAAAGGUAUUCUGCCAAUCACAGAGACCAAAAUCUGUGCUGGAGGCAAGCGAGACCAGGGUGUUUGUGAGAAAGACUACGGUGGCCCAUUGGUGUGCCAGGAAGGAGAAAGCAAGGUCAUAGUGGGCGUGAGCAUCAACGGUCGUGGGUGUGCCGUGGCCAGGCGUCCUGCUGUCUUCGUCAACGUGGCCUUCUACUCUGAAUGGAUCCGCAAAGUCUUCAAGUACUAUUCAGACAUGGAAAUAAGUUACUAGACUGUUAUAUUUUCCUAUGUGGGGAUAAUAUACUCAUGGCGCGUUAUGGUUUUCGGCAUCUACAACGUGAAGACCAUGGUUGCUGUACCAUUGGUGUACACAAAACUUGGAGGCGUUUGUUUUUUGUUUUUUAGUAAUUAAAUGAAAACUACCGGUACAAAAAAAGGUGCAAGACGAGAUUAUCUGAUGUUCUCACAAACAAACUGUAAAAAUCAGACAUCAGACAUUAUUUUCUUGUUUUAAACCAACAAAUAGAGAAAAAUGCAACUUUUUUGUGGCUGGUUAGUUAACUCAAAAAUCAAGGACAGAUGGAUAAAUGAGGAAAUAAAAGCAAUUAGAAGAAACUGUGGUGUUCAUCCACAUGAACAUGUUUGUCUCAGACCAGAGCAGAUGUGGUUCUGAACGUCAUUCCCUGGAGAUACUUGAAGAUGUCAAUAACCCCACGUUUUCAGACAGGACGGAGUUUUUGUUUUCACUGGGGUGGAUUUUUCCAGGUGUUAUCGCUUGUGCACAAACUGAAUUUUUUCCUCAGUGUAAAUCAUUUUAAAGGCAUUUCAGGUGCAACGUAGGAGGACGAAAUUUCCAAUACACCAUUUUCAACAUCAACCACUUUCACGAAUCAGAUUCGGAGCGGCAGUCUGCACCGUGGCCGAUUUUUCAUGCCCGAAUGAGAUGUUAUCACACAUUUCCAGAAGGGUUCAUUGACAUUCUAAUGUUUCGCACCUUGCCUUACUCCAGUUUGGAGCGUUCUGUGGCCCCUUUGGGGCCGUUUCAUGUACUGCACUCCAAAGAGUGUGCGAAUGUCACUCUGUGCAUCCGUAGGUCUUAUAGAUCUGAAAUUACAAACAUCUGAAGGUCUUUCCUUUCACAUGGUGUAAUAUAUCUGUCGAAAUUUUAUACGCAGUUCGCGGAGUAUUUAUUUAUGUCUUUUAUAGAUGGACCGAAGUCAUGGCAUUUCACCCUCCAGAAGUGUUUAUUGUGUUUAAUCUGGCCUGUAGAUUUGAAACAUAACAUUUGUAAACAAAACAAAAGGACGAUAUGUCUUUAAAGGAAAAUAUUGGGUCAUAACAGGACAUUUUUGACUCGAAGGUUUAUGUGCAUGUGGAGGGUCUUUUCAGACCAAAUUUAGACAAUUUAGAGUGCUAAGAUACUUAAUCAAACUGCAGUACUGAACAGGCAGGCUAACUGUUUAAACUAAUGUUUAUCAUGUUUUUAAUCCGAAAAUGUGUUUUAUUGUAAAUAAUGUGCUCGCUAUGUAUAUAAGGUGCCUGUGUUUUGACAUUUUAUCAUUUUAACACAUCGGUUUUGUGAUUUCCUCUUUUCGCUGCUGCCAUCAGUUGUCUUAAUAUUGAAUAUCUAGGCUGCUGUUGUUGUUUUUAACACUAUUUUUAUAUGACUUUUUUGUAUUUCCAACUUUUAAAAUGUAAAUG